CCACAGCAAUGUCAGCCCAAUCCGAGGCUGGGGAAAUGCACAUUGCACGCUCCUUGUGUAGACCCAUGGCAGCACAGAAAAUAACGGUGCGAGUACUACGGAGCCAUGGCACCGCCGACUGAUUCGUCUCCAGCACAGCCUCACGGAUCCCAGGAAAAACCGCUCUUGGGAAUUUUAAAGAAACAUUGAUUUUGCAUUUUCGAAUGCAUCGCAUCAGAUCCGCUCACGCCACCAAAACGUGAUUGGAGCUGGUUUAUCUGAUAAUGGUUUUCUAGAAUAGACUGUUCAGUUUUGGCCAUCGCAACGCAGACUGAAGAUCUGGUGCGUUAAUCACAAGUCCGUCACCGUGGUGCUUAAAAUACCCUGUAGACACCGGAAUACGAACAUCUGUGAUUCGCAGGACCCAGCUGCACCAGCUCUAUAGUAUUCCAGCAUCCUUCCGCCACUGUGCAUCAUCAUCAUCAUCCUCAUCGCGCCCUGCAGCUCCAUCGCAAGAGGGAGGAUCCGCAGAGGAGCUCUCCGGGCAACACUUCACACACAUUCAGAGGAUGCUUUGGAUGUAAAAUAAAUAACGAUGGGGAAAGAUCAGGAAUUACUGCAAGCGGUGAAGACUGAGGACCUGAUGACGGUGCAGAAGCUCCUGCAGAGGCCCAAACCCGGGAAAGCAAAGUUGCUGGGCUCUGCCAAGAAGGUGAACGUCAACUUCCAGGACACUGAUGGAUUUUCACCACUGCACCAUGCAGCUCUGAAUGGAAAUGUGGAGGUUAUAUCACUGCUUCUGGAGUCUCAGGCCAUGGUGGACAUCAGGGACCAGAAAGGGAUGCGGCCUCUGCAUUAUGCAGCGUGGCAGGGAAAGUCAGAGCCCAUGAAGUUGCUACUGAAGUCAGGCUCCUCAGUGAACGGUCAGUCUGAUGAGGGUCAGAUCCCCCUGCACCUGGCUGCUCAGCACGGACACUAUGACGUAUCUGAGAUGCUUCUGCAGCACCAGUCGAACCCCUGCAUAGUGGACAAUGCUGGGAAGACCCCACUGGACCUGGCUUGUGAAUUCGGACGUGUUGGGGUGGUCCAGCUGCUACUGAGCAGUAACAUGUGUGCAGCUCUGUUGGAGCCCAAGCCCGGAGACUCGACUGAUCCCAACGGCACCAGCCCGCUGCAUCUCGCUGCCAAGAACGGACACAUCGACAUCAUCAGAUUGCUGAUCCAGGCCGGUAUCGACAUCAACAGGCAGACCAAAGCGGGCACUGCCCUGCAUGAGGCGGCGCUGUGUGGGAAGACGGAUGUGGUGCGCCUCCUGCUGGAUAGUGGCAUCAAUGCAACAGUGAGGAACACAUACAGCCAGACAGCGCUGGACAUCGUCUACCAGUUCACUGCUACACAGGCCAGCCGAGAGAUCAAGCAGAUGCUGCGAGGUAAGAAAAGGGAUGCCUCAGCAGCCUUGCAGGUCAGGGCACUGAAGGACUACUGUAACAAUUACGACCUGACUAGCCUUAAUAUAAAGGCUGGAGAUGUUAUCACGGUUCUGGAGCAACAUUCAGAUGGGAGGUGGAAGGGCUGCAUCCAUGAUAACCGCACAGGAAAUGACAGAGUGGGCUACUUCCCCUCCAGCUUGGUAGAAGUGAUCAGUAAGAGGCCUGGGGCUGCGGGUAAGAGAGGACAACAGGCGGGUUCAUGGAGUACAGUCACUUGUACCCAACAGUAUCAAAAGAUACAGCUCUGUGCGCCGGUGUGCGGCCGUGUGUCGCCCGCCGUUGCCAUGGUGAAUGGGGACUCGUAUCAUGAGAUUCAUAUCCUGCCGCCGCCUCCACCUCCGCCACCACAUUCCCAUCUGCCACUUUUCACUUCCUUUGGCUAUAACAGGUCCCCAAACACCUCAGGAGAGCCGCACAGUGGACAAGAGGCCAAGAAUGACCAAGAUUUAGCUAGUUCUCGCGGCUCAGAGUCCAGUCCACAUGGCUCACCCACCCCAGCCGGUGGUCCCCAGGGCGGCAGCAGCGAGGAGAUCUGGGUGCUGCGCAAGCCUGUGGCAGGUGGAGACCGCAGCAGUGUGAGCAGUUCAGGCAGUGUGGCCAGUGCCCGAUCCUCUGGUAGUGGACAGAGUGCAGGCAGCAGCACUAUCCUUCAUGCACAGGCAGAGGGUGUCAAGCUUCUGGCCACGGUUUUGUCCCAGUCUGCCAAAGCUAAAGAACACCUGCUGGAGCAGACCAAGUCUUUGGAGCACCCCUCUCACACUUCCAGCAACAAGGGACCCUCUUCACGCAGUCAGAGUUUGUCAAGCUGUCCACUUCAUGAGCAGCCGUAUGGGGAGGCGUUGUCCCAGAAGAAAGGGGAGGUGCUGCCCGAGGGGAAGAGCUCAGAGGCUGUUAUCGAAUGGCUGAGUGAAUUUCAGCUGCAGGUCUACGCUCCAAACUUCAUCAGUGCCGGCUAUGACAUUCCUACCAUUAGCCGAAUGACCCCAGAGGAUUUAACAGCUAUUGGAGUAACCAAACCAGGACAUCGAAAGAAAAUAACCUCAGAGAUCAAUAAGAUCACUGUUAAUGAGUGGCUGCCUGACCAAAAACCAUCGAGUCUUGGAGAGUGGUUAGCUAUGAUUGGGUUGAGUCAGUAUCACCAAGUCUUAGUCCAAAAUGGAUACGAGAACAUUGACUUUAUCACUGACAUCACGUGGGAGGACCUUCAGGAGAUUGGCAUUACGAAACUUGGACACCAGAAGAAGCUUAUGCUUGCAGUUAAGAAGCUGGCAGAGAUACAGAAGGCCUUUGACGGUCGCAACACAUUGCGUAAAAAGCCCCCAGUCACUCAGGAGGUGAUGGCUAUUGAAAGCCCACCCCACGACAGCGGAGAGUGUAUGUCCCCUAAAAUGACCACGUUCCAGGACAGUGAACUGAGCGGGGAGUUACAGGCUGCUCUGACACGCCCUGCUGAUGCGCAGAAUGGCGCAGAAAUGAGAACAAACAGCAACUUGGGAGCACAACACCGAGCCCGCAGUCUGCAUGAGAACAGUAUGAACAAGAGCCGAGACACAGAAGAGCCUAGUGGGCCACCUAAAAAGGAGGCACGUACUAUGCGCCAGAGCAGCCAGGGUGGGCAGAGAAGUGUCUCAUCAGCGCAGCCAAAACCGCAUCAGUCUUAUCCCCAAGGUACAGGACCACCCUAUACUCCACCACAAACACCAACCAAAACAAAGCCUCCCACUUCACAGACGGUGAGCAACCCACCGAGUAAACAAAAACCUAGCUCUCAGCUGCAUCAGCAGACCGAAAAGCCCAUGACACCUCGUGCUCACCCCCAAUCCCCCACUCAAAGGUCCCAUCCACACCAGGCAGCCCAGCCUGUGGAAACUAAGGAGGCUCCACCUCAAGGACCUGCUGUCUCAGUACCACUCCUAUGCCUGCCUCCAGAAGGCGACGAAGCUCGCGAUGAAUAUGGUCUGCCUAAGAAACGUUCCCACAGCCUAAAUCGCUAUGCUGUGUCUGAUGGUGAACAGGAGCGGGACGAGCUAAAUGUGCCAGAUUCAGGAGGAAAGUAUGCCACAGUACAGAACCGGGUGGGUCGCAGCAACUCAGUGAAAGGGCAAGCAGACAAAAAUGUCAACCGUAGCCAGUCCUUUGCACUCAGACAGAAAAAGAAGGGUCCUCCUCCACCUCCCCCCAAACGCUCUAGUUCAGCCAUCUCGAACUCCAGUAGUAAUCUGACAGAAGUGCCCAAGGAGACAAGCAGUGGACCUCUUCUGGUCCCCUACCAACCACAAAGACGUGCAAGUGACCUGGGUGGCACUGUAGACACGGGCAGUGCUGGUAGUGUGAGGAGCAUUGCAGCCAUGUUGGAGAUGUCCUCCAUUGGUGGGGGUGCCAAGGGUCUCGCUUUACAGAAGUCUGCAGGUCACUAUCUGCAGGUGGGUUCUGCGGGAGGAAAGCAGCGUGAUGCCAUUGGUCUGGAUGGAGAAGUAGUGAACCGUCGCCGGACUAUUAGUGGGCCGGUCACUGAAUUAGUAGCAGCUGCUAAGCGAGGACCACAGCCGGAACCAGUCCAGGAUAGACAACGCAAUGAAACCCAGCCAAGCUCUAGUGGGAGCUCAGCAGAGAACCUUCCAUUUGCUGAGGAUGGAAACCUCACUAUCAAACAAAGACCUAGACAGGGCAAAGAUGAGACUGAGGAGGGACUAGAAAUGUCAUACUUUUUCCCCCAGGAGGACCCUUCACGUGUAGAUGCCACAGCCUCGCUGAAAAGGAUGGUCCAGAACACAAAGCAGCAACCAAAUGGAACCAAGUUCCAACUCACAGAGUCAAAUACAGUUAAGCGCCGCCCCAAGAACAAAGACAAAGAUACAGAAGAACUCCAGGACGGGCAGAUGCCUGUACCAUAUGAGAAUGGAACUGGCACCAUUAAAAGGCGCCCUGUGUCAGAGGUGACUGUUUCGGAGCAGCCCAGGCCACAGGAACAUCCUGAGAACUCGCCUCGUCGGGACAGUGCAGACCUGGAAGGCCAUGUUACUGAGAGUGCCCCUCGUAAGUCCUUCAAACCUCCGGUGUCUCCCAAACCUGUUCUGGCCCAGCACAUGAAGAAACAAGGACCGCCGGCUGCCAUCACCAAGAAAGCCCCAUUUCCUGGACCAACUGGGGCACCUGGCAGCCCAGGUACUACACAGUGUGGCCCUUUCACUUGCCCUGUCUUUACACAAUUAUUUGAAGGAAAGAAAGUACCUCCUCCAAUUUCACCGAAACCUACACCUCCUCCCACAGCUCCCAAACCAUCCAAAAAUGUUCUGCAGUCUUUAAAUGCGACACCUAAUCCCAAUCCCACGCCCUCUCCAGCCAAACAGACUGUCACCAGAAUGGCCACCACAGCUUCUGCCCAGAACAACCACCCUGUCAAGGUUACAACCCCACCAGCCUUGAGUGCGCAGACCCCACACACACCCCAGUCUCCUCACACCCCACAGACACCUCAGACACCCCAAACCCCACAGACACCCCAAACUCCCCAGACAUCAGAUCCCCCAACCCCCAUCCCUACACCACCACCUGUGAAGCCCCCUCGCUCCUCAAUCGGUGGGGUGUCCAUGGACAGUUCAGCUGGAUCAGCGUUUAUCGCCGGGGUAGUGGCAGUAGAUGCAGUGCACCAGAAGAUAGAGGAGACCAGUGCCUCACUGGCUGCAGCCCUGCAGGCAGUCGAAGAGAAGAUCAAGGAGGAUGGGCAAAAAGACACAUUGGCGGAAAACAAGAGCACAGUGAGCAUCCUAGACGACAUUGGCAGCAUGUUCGAUGACCUGGCUGACCAGCUGGAUGCCAUGCUGGAGUGAAGAGCACAGCCUGUGUCUCUGUGGCACAACCUCAGGGCCCCGGGAGAGCACAAGGGCACAAUGACCAACACCAAACCCACCUUUUCCUUCCUAAUCCUAAACCCUGGCUCCUCUCACCCCUCUUUUCUCCUCCCCCUUCCCCGUCGCCAUGAAACGUCUAUCUCUCCUCUCUCCCUCCGAGUUGGUUUGCACAAACCCAAGCUGAUGUACCUCAGGACUGGGCAGAAGGCCAUCCAGGGCUUUAAACAUCAAAGACAGAGCAGAGGGUGGAGAGCAGAGGAUGGGUUUUAAAACAUAAAGCUCAACUCUCUGUCCAUGAAAUAUCUCUAUCUACCAUGAGCAAUGAGUAGUAAAAUAAUACGAAAACAAUAAUAACUGUAUAUGAAAUAAUAGUAUGGUAUGUGUAUAUUGUAAGCAUGAGGAAAGUUUGUAUCUAUAAAGAAAAAAAUCUCAUAGUGAGAGUCAUGCAUUAGUACAGUUAUAUAUAUAAAUAUAUAUAUAUAAAUAUAAAUAUUUUAUGUUUUUAUUUCAUGUUCAAUGGUACAUACAGUGUUGAAACAUUAAGAAAUCUAUAAACUUUGAUGACAGAUAUGUGGAUUUUUCUAUGACUAUAUUGAAGUUUAAAAAAAAAGAAUAAUAAUAAGGCUGGCGUAAACAUCCUGUAUGUUUGGCUGUGCUCUGCUGAAGAGUGUUGUGGGCUGUGUUAAAUGUAGUGAAGUGACUGAAGUGGCUGUUUCACCCCCUGCUCUGUGCUUGCUCUGGGCUCCCGCUCUGUGCUGCUGUGACCCUUUAUGUUUCCACUCACGUUCUGCCUGUGUGAACUCAUACAUUUCUGCUCCUGCACAGCCUUCCUCCUUCACUUGCCCUCUUUCUCCUCCUGCCCUCAUCAUGUGCAGCAUCCUGUGUGCCUUAACAUGAGAGGUGACCUCAGUGCUUUUAACACACACAAGCAAACUGAGAAAGGUCCGGUGUCCAUGUGGGAGGCAUUACCGUCUGCUCUGAUUUGGUGAGGAGUGACCUCAUCCUUGGACAUCUCCAUGCUUCAGUCAUCUGCAGCAAGGUGAUAAACAGUUUAGGCCUUGAAGUCGACAUGAAUUCUUAGUUUACUUUCAUGAUGUGAUGCAUUUCCAGAAUAUGCAAGGAAAAAAAUGUACAGUUGACUGGAUGAGGAAGGUAGGCACUGGAUACCAGAAUAGCUAUUGGUUAGUAUUAUGCAAUAGCCUGUGUGGCCCUAUGUAAAGUGCAAUGAUGAAUUGUUCAAAAUGAGACCAGGAUCAUGCAUCUAAUAGAGUUAAGUUGACUGACUAUAUGAGUGACCUCAGAAACAUAGGCUAGAACAAGGUAAAAAGGUCCAUUGAAGGUUGAUGGCUUGCAAAAGGUGGGACGUCAGGAAGCACAAAGUGAGGAAGUUGCAAAUGUGUGUGUGUGAGUUGCAUAAAACAGGAAUCUAAAAGAAACAUGCAUGUAUAGACUGACGGUGAACUAACAAGGAUUUUGCAAAUUGAUGUGGCUACCUACCCAAGGAAUCUUCUUAGCUUAAGGGUCUGUGAGUUUGGACAGGUGUAGUUCCCUUGGAAGCCUGCAUGCAGUCUAAUCUCAGCACAUCGCUCAGCGGCUGUUUAAGAGUGUGAAUGUACCAUGGUGUGCCUGCUUUGUUUUGCAUUCCCCCCGAUAUCAUCCAGACAGACAUGUCCUUAAUGACCAAAGUAAGAGCACCAGUCCAAGAUGCAGUUAAGCUUGGGUCCAUAACUUAUUCUGAAAAAACAUAGCAGUAUCUAGGUUAAGAAUAUUCACUUUAUAGGGACACAUUGAGGGUAGACUGAGUGAUGCUUUUACAGUUGUAAAGUUUUGUUUCUGUGGACAUAUCUAGAUGCCAUGCUCUCUCAUUUACAGUGGGAGCGCAGUUCGCCGUUAUGACCGCACCGGUCACAAGUGAACCUCUUGCAAGCCUCUGAAUGUCAUUAUCUCAUUGCCUGCAAACUCACAGUCUUUCAUUUUCUUUAACCAUCUUUGUUGCCAUGACAAUCUGCCUGCUCAUUAUUAGAAUCGUCACAGUAUCAAAAUGAUCUUAAAUGUAAUUAAAGAAAGGGCCCAAAGGAAGGGGACACAAGCAAGAAAAGUAGUUGCGUAGGUCCCACAAUGCUUUACACACUUUCAGUAGCUCCAUAUAUUCUUAACCCCUUCCCCGGUUCUCAGAAGAAUAUUUGUAAUAUUUAACUUAUGAACAGAGAUUAUUAUAGAUGUUUUCAACAAGUAUUUAAUGAUGCAGCAUCAAGAGGGCUUGUUGAUGAAACUGCAAAUAUUUGAGAUAAAAGUGUCUUGGCUCGAAGUGUUUUAAAUGAAUUGUAAAUGGUCAUUUUUUUAGAACUCCAGUUUUCUUUUUUAAGGUAGCUUUUUGUGAUAAGUUUUUUGACUGCCAUGUCUUCAGAUGGAAUAUGUUGUAUAUUAUGCAAAUGUUAUGUUUUUUUAAAAAACAUGUAUGUGCCUUGCUUUAGUUCUUUUCAUUUUGUUUUUCAUGUUUAAACAAUGUGUAGAGGAUUUGUGGCUGGUCUUUGUCCACCAGAUGUUCAGAAUUAUAUCCCUUUUUGAUGCGGUCUGCUCUGUGGACAGAGCGCAGAUGUCUGGCAUGGGAGUGGCUUUUAUAAAAGCUUUAUCAUGCCUAUCACUUCAAAGGACUGGGUCCAGUGUUAAUUGAGUUGUUACAGCCCUGUCCCCCUUCUUCUGUAUAUAUAGCUGGAUGUUUGUCAUUGUGAAUCUUCAUCCUUUUUUAAAAACGUGUUUUCUCCACUUUAAAGUUCUCAUGCCAUCAUUUUCUUAUUGUCAUGUUUGCUUGUUUUUUAUUUUGUCUUUUUUAAUACCAGAGAAAAAAAACAACUAAUGAAAAAUAAGGAAAUUCUGAAAACACUGAAGUCAAACUUAUUGCUGGUGCAAGAUGUUAUUUAAUAAUGAAAGCUGUUUUCAAUUCCAUCCUAUUUGCAGAGACAUUUAAAAAAGAGAGAAAAAAAGAAAAAUAAAUCUGCACUGCUCAGUGUGUGCAGGCUGUAUAUUGUGUUGAUGUUCUGCCAUUGACUUGUAUGAGACCUGCUGUGACUGGCAUUGGGAACAGUGGCGUGCUUGCAGUGACUGCAUCAACAGCCACCUGCUCUAAAUAAACAUUAUAUACAAACACUC